AUGUCUGUGCUUGCUGAAGGUGGGGAGACUCUACGAACCGAUUACCAUACAAAAUUGUAUGCGAAUCGGUUUGCUUUUCCACGGGGUCUAAGCUCAUAUGGACAGGUUGACUGUUACUACGUAACAUUGAAAAGAGCUCCGAGUCAGAUAUACCUGAGGUUGUAA